CCAGACACCCACUGAGACCUUGAGACUCAGACACCAAGAGAGAUGUUUCUAGUUGGGAGUCUCGUCGUCCUCUGUGGGCUGCUGGCCCAGAGCACAGCCCAGCUAGCAGGCCUGCCUUUGCCCCUGGGGCAGGGUCUGCCUUUGCCCCUGGGGCAGGGUCUGCCCUUGCCCCUGGGGCAGGGUCUGCCUUUGGCCGUGAGCCCAGCACUGCCUUCAAAUCCCACAGAUCUUGCUGGAAACUUCGCAAAUGCUCUCAGUGGUGGCCUGCUCUCUGGGGGACUGCUGGGCAUCUUGGAAAAUAUUCCACUCCUGGAUGUUAUAAAGUCUGGAGGAGGCAGUUCCAAUGGCCUGGUUGGGGGCCUGCUUGGAAAACUGACGUCAUCAGUCCCUCUCCUGAACAACAUCCUUGACAUAAAAAUCACUGAUCCUCGGCUGCUGGAACUUGGCCUUGUGCAGAGCCCUGAUGGCCAUCGUCUCUACGCCACCAUCCCUCUGAGCUUGAAACUCCAAGUGAAUAUGCCCGUGCUUGGAAGUUUUUUGCAACUUGCUGUGAAGCUGAACAUCACCGCAGAGAUUGUAGCCGUGAAAGACAAUCAGGGGAGGAUCCAUCUGGUUCUUGGUGACUGCACCCACUCCCCUGGCAGCCUGCAAAUCACCUUGCUCAACGGAGUCACUCCUGUUCAGAGCUCUUUAGACAGCCUCACAGGGAUACUGACUAAAGUCCUUCCUGAGCUGAUCCAGAGCAAGGUAUGUCCUCUGAUCAAUGGGAUUCUCAGCGGUUUGGAUGUCACCCUGGUGCAUAACGUUGCUGAAUUACUGAUCCAUGGAAUACAAUUUGUCAUCAAAGUUUAGGCUUUCCAAGAAGGAAGGCCCACCUUGGUUGAGCUGAAUCGUUUCUCGAUGCUCUCUCCUGCCUCUUGCCCAGUUUCCCAUGGCUCACAGAAAGGGGCCCACAUCCUGGAAAAUCAUAUGCCUGCUUUCUCCUCACAGAGCCUGCUGUCUUUUCCCAUCAGGAAUGAUUAAUCCUAAAUAAAAUAGUUCUUCAUCUGCA